AUGGAUAGAAAACUAUCGUGGUGGUUUAUUAUUUAUAUAACAGCAAUUUUAAAUUUUUUACCUAAUUUGACUGAAUCACAUCUUCCAUUAAAUAUAAUAAGACAAACAUAUGAAUCAACAAAAUCAAUUGAUAAUAUCUCUCGAUAUCAAUCAACUUUUCCUACAUCUUUAAAAAAUGUUACGACAACAUUACAUUCAACUAUCAUCUUUCAAACUCUUAUAACAAAACCUAAUUCUUAUCUUUAUAAUCCUGAUGAAGAUGAUGAUAAUGAUGAUAAUGUAUUAAAUCGAAUUAAACGAGAUAAAAUUCCAUUUGUUUGUAAAGCGGAUGGUUAUUUUCCUGAUCGAGAAAAUUGUCGAAUAUAUCAUAUAUGUACAUCAGGUGUUGAUACAGCAGCUGUUUGUGGUGAAGGUACAUCAUGGGAUCCAGUUAAGAAAAAUUGUAAUUGGGAAAAUACCGUGCAAUGUAAAAAAGGUCUUCGUAAAUGGGAUCAAAUAACAGAUAUUCGAGGCGUGACUCUAUUUGCUACUGAUGCAGCUCUAGCAUGGCGAGCAAAAAAGAAAUCAACAACAACUAAUCAACCAAUUAAAGUUGAUUCAAAUUUUACAUGUGAAUAUGAUGCUGAAGGAUUUUUUCCUGAUCCAAAAUAUUGUCAUAUCUAUCAUUAUUGUGGUAUUGGUGCACAUACAGUACUAAAAUGUGCUGACAAUCUUUGGUUUUCAACAGAAUCACAAGGAUGUGAAUGGCCAGAUAAAUCAGAUUGUAAAGCUGGUCAUUUAUAUACAUCAUCAACAGCAGCAACAAAUAUGAUUGAUGGUGAUGGAAAUGCUGUUACAACUCCUCGUCAUUCUCGACCAACUAAUGUCUAUUUACCUAUUGAAUGUCCAAAAGGUCUUCAAGAAUAUUUUUCUGAUCCAUAUGAUUGUUCAGCAUUUCAUUAUUGCAAUGGUGGUAUCGAUAAACCUUCAUAUUGUGAUGCUGGUCUUUUCUGGGAUAAAAAACUUGGUUGUCAAUGGCCAAAAGAUGUGCCUCAUUGUCAACAUAAAUGUCCACCUAAUGGACAACGAUUACGCUUUGUAUCUACACAUAGUUGUUGUCAUUAUUAUGAAUGUAUCAAUGGUCAUUUAAAAGAACAAGUUUGUCCAUUACAUAAACUUUACUCUGUUGAAACGAAAAGUUGUGAAAAUUUUCAAGUUGUUCCUUGUGGUUCAAGAAAAAAAUGUAUCGAUCCUUGUGAUUAUGAUAAUUCUCCAUUAUGUGAAUUUAAACCUGUUUGUCGAGAUAAACCAAAUGGUAAUUAUGUUGAUCAAUAUCGACCAAAUUGUCAAUUUCAUUAUACAUGUCUUGAAAGUCGAACAUUUAAUUAUACAGCAUGUGAACAUGGUUAUCGAUUUUCUGUUCAACAUCAAAAAUGUUUACCUGCUAAACAAGUUAAAUGUUUAGGAAUUAAUUACAAUGAUCCAUUAUUAUUUAAAAUUAUUUUUUUUUGCCUGUUCCUUUUUAAAUUCUAUAUUUGA